GUUUCGAGGGGAAACUUUAGUCGAUGGAACAAUGAAAAAAAAAACGUAUAUAUUUUUCUCUCUGCUGUGAAUAAAGUUGAGUGCGCUUUUACUCGUGCUGUGUUCAGGUUUAUUCACUGUGUGCCUUUGGGACUGUUGGUCGGUGUUUUUAGUGAGGUUCAGCGGAGCGGAGCGGGUCUGUAAACAGCGCGAUGACUUCUAAAGCCACCUGCCUUAUAGUGGCCAGCGCAGCGCCUCAAGGAGUGUGUGCUCGAUCUUUCCAGCAGUCCUUCUCCCUCUGCAGUCCAGUAUUCAACCUCCAGACAGCCACACCUGGGGGGAAGCCCAUUGACUUCACUGGGGUUGAUGAAAGCUGCUCUCGGUGGGUUCAGGACUUCAGCAUCAAGCCCUACGCCAAUCCUGCCAAACUGGAAUCCAUUGAUGGUGCUCGUUACCAGGCCCUGCUGAUACCAGACUGUCCAGGAGCUUUGAAUGACCUCGCACACAGUGGCUCACUGGCACGCAUUCUAGCCCACUUCAUCUCUCAGAAGAAGCCUGUCUGUGCUGUAGGACAGGGCGUUUCUGGUCUCUGUUGUGCCACAGAAGGACAGAAAUGGAUAUUUAGUGGAUACAGCCUGACUGGACCUUCUGUGUUUGAGUUGGUGCGUUCUCCAGAUUUUGCCAACCUUCCUCUGAUCGUGGAGGACUUUGUGAAAGAUAAUGGAGGAUCAUACACAGCCAGUCAAGAGGAUGCAGUACAUGUGGUGCUAGAUCGCCACCUAGUGACUGGUCAGAAUGUUCAGUCCACCACAGCUGCAGUCAACAACCUCAUCCUGCUCUGUAAUGGCCGGUAAAAGACUCCCAUUCAGGAGCUCUAAUUCACCGUCACCUGGACUGUUUGGUGAAGCCAGGAGAGGACAGUGCUACAUGAUGGACAUGUGGACCAAAUACAACAUUGCAUGAAAAUAUAGAAAUGAAAAACGAUAUCUGUGAAUGUGACCAUUUUGUUGCCUUAAAGUAUAAAGUUUCCAAUUACCGAAUAGUUGGAGUUUGGAGGCACUUUAGACAUUUGUCUUACUCAAAAAAAAAAACAACAACAAGUGCAGAGAAAGACUGUAUGUCCUGUUAUUUUCUCACAGGAAGUCAUGUGAUAUUCCUGUAAUCCUGUAAAACCUUCAAGUAUAGGCAUCUUUCAUUUUUGUCUCUAAAAACACUUUGAUUCAAAAGUUUGAAAUCAGUGUUUUCAGUGUUAUAAAACCUUUUUGGUUGCAGAUAAAUAUGUUUGGUUCUGGUUUACACAGUAAAAACAAGUGAUUCUGAACUUUUGAACAAUAGUGCAGGUAGAAAACGAAUAAAAUAGGAACGUCUGACCAUUCCAUAUAUGUUAAUGUUGAAUUACUUAUAUUGUCUUAUUGCCAUGUUAAAAAAUGUAGUGUUGAUUGGAAGACACAAAGUCUGCAGUGUGAUGCAGGUAAUGAUAUCUGAGGACUUGAAGAUUACUCUGUGUGAUAAGUGUUGGUUCAAAAUCAAACCUUAUAAUCAUGUUUGUUGUUGAUUCACAUUGUGACAAAGAAUCACUGUAGUCACUACACCAUUUACAGGGAAUACAGAAUGUGAUUCAAUUGAAAUGUUUUAAUUUUUCAUAUAGACUGUGUUGCUGAAUAACUAUAUUAAGUAAAACAUUUUGACCACA